CGACCAGUUCUGAAUCUAGCCUCGGGUCUCCACGGUCGUCAAAGAUGGCGGUGCCCUGCUGUUUUCGGUUUGCCUUGAGUGUAGGUCGUGUUGUUCCGAGGAGAAAUACGCUUAAAAUUUGCGAACGGCGAUGGCACCUGACGUGGCGCCAGUUGAUCAGUCAACGCAAUUCUCAGCUACAAACUCGGAGACCGCCACUUGUACCGGUGGACGAUAAGUGCCUUCGAACAACGCCAUGCCGGCAAAUGUCGUCUGUAAUCACCGAUGCCGAGCUCAAGAAGUCUGUCGAGGCCUUGUCUGAGAAAUUCACAGAAGCGAUGGUACACCUAGAAGACGCGAGGCACUCCGCGGGUACCGUUUACUUCAGCGAAGACGCGAAAGAAGCCGAAGAAAUCGUGCAGGACACGCUGAACGACUUCGGCGAGUUGCUGAGCGGUCUGGACGCCAAGCAGCAGCUCUGGGUGAAACCGACGAUCGGUCUAAAGAUGGAGGAGCUCAAGGCGCAGUUGCAGAUGCUUCAGGACCUAGCCAGGGAAUAAAGAACACGCCGGUUUUGGCGUCGGCAAUAUAUGACGCCGUUGACGUCUUUCGCAAACCUUUUGUCCAGUGUGUUUCCGUGUGCUAUAAUGGAGGCAAACAAAUUCGCUUAAAGAAACCAAUAAACUGACUGCAAUUAAUCUUUUUCA